GGGGACUGUACGAGAGCACCAUGGCACGGAGUCAGGGUGUGAACCAGGAUCUAUCAAAUCUCCUGGAUGAGCUGUGGAAGCUGGAUGUUAACCGACUGAAACCGGGGAGGGAUUACCGCCUGCGUCUGCAGGGGAAGGCAGGUUACGUGGCCCAGGGCAGCAAUGCCGCCAGGGACAGUGCUAAACUACCUCUGUUCUCCUUCGUCAAUGAGGUCAAGCUGAGGAGCAUCAAAACCUACAACAGCUUCAUGAACCUGUUGGACAACUAUGAGAUGUCUACAGGUUCCCCGGAGACAGUCACUGCAGAGGAGCUGGCUGAGGACAGCCGCUUCCUUGAUGCCAUUUUGGAGACCAGUGUCAUGAAGCGUGCUCAUGAAUACUUGGUCAGCAAGCACCAGUCCCAAUCAGACUUGAAGAGUUUUAAGAAUCAGCUCUUUGACAUUUGGUUUCGGCUCUACCACCGAGAACGAAGCGGGGGAGAAGACUCUUGUGGGUUUGAACACGUGUUUGUAGGGGAGACCAGAGAUUCGAAGGAGCUCAUAGGCUUUCACAACUGGGUCCAGUUCUACCUGCAGGAAAAGCUCAAAAACGUGGACUACAAAGGUUACAAAGCUCUAGGCAACAAGAACACGCCAGAUGAAGAUGACCACGUCCUAAACCUGCAGUUCAGCUGGAAAGAUCUGGUGAAACCUGUGGGCACGUCCUUCAUCGGGGUCAGCCCCGAGUUCGAGUUUGCGGUUUACACCAUCGUCUUCCUCAUGUCCAAUGACAAAAAGACCAGUGUCAUCGUGAAUGUGGAUGAGUACCAGCUGGAGCUGGUGGUGUGCCGGCAUGGGUGCGCCAUUGGGACGUCCUACCCCAAACUGCUCAGCAAUAACUACCAGCACCGAUAGAGGCACAGGCUGGGUGCGACAGCCCAGGGUCUGUUCCUACAGCUGAUCCCCCAUCCCUACUGGUUGACCAUUGGUCCAUUGCAAAUACCCAGUGCUGGGCCAUGUUUCCUAAUGCUUCUCUUACAUUUACAGUGCACAUCUCCACUGCAGACCCCCCUCCAGGCCAGUCCCAGGAUCAGACCUCAGUUUUCAUCCUGUUAUAGUUAGUCUGUCACAUGACCAUGGUCACAUGUUCUUCUGUCCACUUGGUCACUGGUUCCAGGCGGUUAUCUGUUACUGCCUAGCAGAUAUAUCUCUAUUUUAGUGCCUUUGCUAAUGUAUAAUCUUUUUUAAUAUACAAAUGUUUCAGCCUAUAUAUGACACUUUUUACAGCAGUGGUUUGAUUUUGGAUAACAUAAUUUGGUCAUUAAAAUAUACUAAGAUUUCAAACAUCAAAA